AUGAGUGAUUCAGAAGAUCAAGAGGAGAGAGAUAACUUGGCCGCGAGAGAGAUCGCGCUGGCCGAGCAGCACGAAGAUCCGCCGGAUCCGAACGCCGCGCACAAUCGCGCCAAUGAUGGAGCGCGACAUAAUGAAGAAGUCAUGGGAGACUUCGAUUCCAAUCCAACACUGCUAAUAGAUCGGAAUCCCAUCCAGCCGCCACUUCCUGAAGGAAGAAGCUAUGAGAUUUCGCCGGAGAUUAUUGGUUUGGUGAAACAAAACCAGUUCCAAGGGAAACCCCAAGAGAAUCCUUUGGAACAUAUUGAUGCUUUUGAAGAAAUUUGUGGCACCAUCAGUGCAGGAGGUGCACCCAAAGAGUACUUAAAGUGCAAACUAUUCUCUUUCACUUUGACAGGGAAGGCUUUGCGCUGGGUUAAGUCUCUUCCAGCUCAAUCCAUAACCACAUGGAAAGAGUACAAGGUGGCAUUCCUAGGUCACUUUUUCACAAAGCAGAGAGCAAACUUGUUGAGAGAAAAGAUCUCUAGUUUCCAACAAGGGCCGGUGGAGCCUUUUCAUGAAGCAUUGGAGCGCUUCAAGGACUAUACAAGAGAGUGUCCUAACCAUGGGCUAUCUGAGGGCAGUCUAUGGAACAUUUUCUACAGAGGAAUAAGUGGGAAGUGUAGAUUUUCUCUUGAUACAGCCAGCAAUGGAAAUUUCAUGACCAAGACAGUUACUGAAGCAAAGAUUUUGAUUGAAAAUCUAGCCUCAAGCGACAGUGACAACUUCAUUGGGCAUGAGAGAGCAGUGAAGGCCAUAAAUUCUGAUCCAUACAGAGAUGGAUACAGCGAAAUCAAAGCCAUGAUGGCUGAGAUACUGAGAAACCAAGGAAGAGAAGUGGAGAGACAAAGAGAAGCUUAUAGAGUUGAGUCCACAAUAAUUCAAGAUUACUUUGGAGAUUUGAUUCCAAGUUUCCAAGAAGAAGUAAACUUUGUUGGAAUAGAUGGAUCAGCACAUAGAGAAGAAGCUUGGAAAGGAGAGCAUGAUGUUUUUACUCAAGAAUCACCCAAUGAGAAGAGGGAUGUUCAUGGAGGAAGAAAUUAUCAGCAACCACCUCACAAGAGAAGAAUGGAGCCAAGGAGCAAUUUUGAAGAUUUGAUAACUUUCAUCAAGAGUUCUCAUAGAGAGCACACAGCCUUGAUUGAUGAGAGAUUGGAGUCAGCCUUCACAGAUUGA